AUGUAUAUUUCCGUGGAAUUUGAGCUGAUCAAGGUGAUAUCUCUGGAUGUUAUAGGAGGAUUUAUCAAGACACACAUAUUUCUGAAAUUUGAGUGGACGGAUGAACUAAUUCAGUGGAAUGUCACCGAAAAUUCAGAAUAUUUGAGAUUCGAGAGGUCGAAGGUAUGGGCCCCAGACAUUGUCAUCCAGGAUUCCUUGGAGUAUGUUCCUUAUCUUGGAUUCGACGUUCAACCUGUUUCAAUAUCAUAUCAAGGCAUGGCUCUUAUUGAGGUGCAAGUAAAACCAGAGACAUCAUGCAAAAUGGAUGUAACACGUUUCCCGUUUGAUCAACAAACAUGUGUUGUUAUCAUUGGCUCUGAUAACUAUAACGCGAAUGAGCUGUACAUGGAUCGAUUUGUUGCCUAUGGUAGUCUCUUGACAGAAAAUGGAGAAUGGGAUGCCUUUAAUGUUGCAGCUCAGAAUGAAACAGAACUAACUCAGAUCUACCAAGGACAUUAUAAAAGUGUUGUUAUCACUCUGAGGAGACGCCCUCUCUACUACGUGGUGAAUCUUCUCCUGCCGAUACUACUCAUCUCCACACUCAACCCCACUGUGUUCCUGGUCAAGGCGGAGACGGGAGAGAAGCUGUCCACCUCCCUCACCUUAUUCCUCUCCUUCACAAUGUUUAUAUCAAUUCUUAGUGGUAUGCUUCCCCAGACCUCCACUAGCACCUCGCUUGUCUCCCUUUAUGUGUGUCCAGCUCCACCUUAG